AUGGGAUUUUUGCAUGGAGUGCUUGAAGCGGUGAAAAACGAAAAUGAAGUGACAACUUAUGAUAAAUACAUCAGUGAUCACAAUAAAAACCUUAAAAGUGUACUAGACACCUUAACUAAAAAUAUUGGCUCCGGGCGUGCUGGGCUUGUGGAGUCUGUCGGCGCGGUGAAGGAGUGGUUGGAGGGGUAUGGGAGGGAGGUGGAGGAGAAAAUAAACAGAGUGAAGAAUCUAUUGGAACAAUUAAAAAGCGGCAUUAAUGAUGCACUACAAGUUCGUCAAAACAUGAAUAAUUAUGCAGUUGAUCAACAACAAGAAUGGUCCUCAAAAAUAGCGCACAUCCUUAUAGGCAGUGCAGAACAAGCUAUGAAGGCAGCGAAGCAUUUAGACCAAAAUCUAAAAAAUAAACUCGUAAAAUAUAUAGAGUUUGUGAUUCAGGCGGUGAGCAAUUUCUGCGAAUCAGCAAAAAACGAGGACAUGAAAAAAGUAGUCAAAAGCGUUGAGGCGGAACGCCUAUUGCUACUCAGCCAUUCGCACCGAAUUCGUGAUGACGCCGAAUCAACGGUUAACAGUUUCAUUGAAAUGCUGGAACAAAAUAUUAAUAAACUCGACGGCCAGAUUGUCAUUGUUGCGCGAAACAUUAGUUCUGCUGAAAACGAAUUGAAUGGGUUGAUCAAAACGGCCGAUGAAGCGCAUAAGUUGGGGAAAGAUAGUGCAGCUAAACUGGGAACUUUAGACACAAAACUUAGGAGCGAAUUGCAACCUAACAUUCAGCAUAUACCAUUUUUGACAAUGAGCUUAGGAGUGAAAACCACAGAAAGUGAACUAUUCGAGUUGCUCAAACAUAUUGACGCCGAGAUUGUAAAGCUAGCAACCAAUGUUAAUACGCUUGGCAACAAAAAUUUCAACGGUUUUUUAAGCAAAAUGAAAAGCGAUUUAGAAGCAUUGCACGCGACAAUUGAUGACUUACAUAGUACUGCCCAAUCUAAUUCACUGCUACGGCCAACGCGACAACAUUUCGUUGAAUCUGCUCGCCGUAUUAAAAUAAUAAUUGAAAAUGUAUCCAAAUCCUUGAUGAAUGAUGUGGACGAAACGUUGCGAAAAUUGGAAAAGAAGGUUGAGACCUUGCAGUCAACUUUCGAGGAAGACAAGCAAAGUCUCGAUGAAUUGGCAAAGCAAAUCAGCGGUACUGUUAUAUCAGACAUUUUGAAAGAGUCCACUGCUCUCAAAGAAAAAAACAAGGGACUACCGAAAAUUAAUGGUCUUAUAAGCGGCAUAAAAUUAAGACUUAAUACCAUUCAUCAACACGUCAUAGAUAUGCAAAGUGCCAACGUAUCUAGUAAUAUGCGUAACGUCCAACGUCAUUUUAAAGUUGCCAAGCAAAAUGCUAUAAAAGACAUCGCCGAAAUUGCGAGGAAAUUAGAAUUAGAGAUCAACAAAGUUUCUUACACGGUCUAUGAAACCGCCCGCGAAACAUACCACGCUUCCAAAGUGGCGGAGCUAAAAGGCCUUCAAUCCUUUGUUGAGAAACAGAAGAGCACUAUAGAGCAUAUCAUAUAUACGGAUAAGAUGACCGGUGUGAAAGGUUUAAUGAGAAUUUUGAAUAUUGCGUUAAAAUCCCGAAGCUUCAGUGACAUGACUAUCAUGAACGAACUAGUGUACAAACUAUUAGACGUAUUCAAACUUUUCUUUCAUGAAUUGAUGAAUCAAGCAGACCUGAAAGAGUCCGCUGAUGCCAUUAAUACAAUCUAUUUCGCGUCGAAAUAUCUGUUCGAUAAAAUGUUUGAAGAAAAACACUUCCACACCGACGUCACCAAAAAGCUCGACGCCUUCAGUAAUGUCCUCUCCGUAUUCCAUCCCGAAACCAUGGACGGCGCACCCAAAAAAGUGUUGACGCCGCUGAAGCAAGGGUUCGGCAAAUUUGUUGACCAACUUGACAAAGCUUAUGUGAGCAGGUACUCGGGUGCCAAGCAAAUCAGUUGGGAAGCGCAUCUGACCACUGCACAAACCGAGGAGAGCAAAAACUGCGCCAAAGUCUUCUUGACAAUCGCUCCCACGCUUUUUGGCGAAUUGACUCACCUGAGAGCUCAGUGCGCAAGCAACUACCCUGCGAGCAAAAUUCACGCCACAUCCGGUCCGGGUGUUUUGUUGAAAAGGAUGGGCUACGGUGUUGCAACUGACAAAUCUGCCCAGGAUGGUCAUUUACAAAAUUCGGACGACAUGAGGGGUGAGAAAAUUGUGAGACUGCUUCAGAGACAAAUUCAGCUUAGCGAACAGAUCGCCCAUUCCCCGAAGUGCGUCACUAGAAAUACGGAGAAAUUCAAUACCAUGGACGUCUUAGACUGCGUGUUCAAGCAUGUAGACGAGUACAACGCAGUAUGCCAUACAACACCGGUCGCCAAACCAAGAACGCCGUGUAGCAUAUUUGAGAUGCUCGGAUGGUUCUGCGGUCUGCCGUAUAAUUCGGUUCACACUGAGCUUAUCAGUGAAACGUUGUAUGAAUAUCUGGAAAAUCCCAACAAGCCGGACAAGGAUGAUGAGGAAGGCUUCGAAAUUGAAAUCGUCGACCACAAGUCGUUGUAUCUGCAAGCGUAUCCACACGACAUCACCUACAAUGCUAUAGUCGCAGCGCUCACCGAUAUUUGCUCCACGUCAUAUGACAUCAUGGCAACAGUAGUGGGAACAGGUGACGAGUACACUAUGUACGGUUGCGACUACUCGAACAACACGCUAGGCCUGUACUACCCGCAAAGCGGCGAUGACUGCCUCCACAUGAUCCUUGAUUUGCUUCGUAGAUUGUUCCCUGCGUUGCAAUACAUACGUGUACAGUGUAAGGUGGCAACUAAGCACGGUGGCUGGGCUGACUGCGCCUAUGGCAAGUCCGUGUCGCCUGCGAAUUGGCCCUCUGAGGACCACUCAACCAACGAACCAAAGAGUCAACCAAAUGACCAACCAAAAAUGGAACCAAAGUGCCAACCAAAAUCGCCACUAAUGAGUUACUUAAAUGAUUGCCUUCCGGGGCAUAUGCCACAUCAGGUUAGUUCUACGGGAUGCAAAUCCAAAUGCUCCACCUGUCCUAGGAACGUCCCUGGGAUGCCCUGUUUGACCCCGCUUGGCUUUAGAGGCUUUUCUGGGUCAAUGAAAAAAGGUAGCGACCUAGGUGACAUCCUUCAGAUAUUCUUCGACAUCCGCCAUCUAACAACGCUGCUCGCCCUAGCUCCUAGGCCACCGUCUACUCUGCCCGAACUCUUUGGUUUUGCGCUGUCACUUGUCGGUGGAUGGAAGCACGGCGCCGAACACCCAAUUAAAACAGUCAUCGAAUCAUCCAUUCGUAGCGUGUCCAUCAAUCUCGUCCCUAACGCCGCAGAUAUAACGGACGCCUUAACUGACGCAUACGGGUCCACUGAUGCUCAUCACAAGGACUGCGAGGAUUCUCACCUCAUCACCUUAUCUAGUUCCGCUGUAUGUUAUGGUAAAAAUAAAAGGAUAGACUGUGCACCGUAUAUUUCUACAUUGUGGUCCGAUGCCUAUUCAUACCUCCCGCACAAACACGCUGAUCUCUACCUAUCAUGGGCUGUCUACUCGCCAUGGAAUUUCUGGCAUUUGCUUGAAAAUCUAUACAACGAAUUUUGCAACAUUUUCUGUCAAGAUUGGGGCUGCCAUUCAUGUAUGCAAGCAAGCAAAUGUAAACGCGGGAAACAUGGCCACGAAAGAUCGUCAUGUUCAUGUUCAUCUAUAGUGUCAUGCAAGGGUGUAUCUCCUACCUUGUACCGCUUUGGUUUCAGACUCGGUGACGCAGCCAAGUUGAAUUCGUCCAACGCGAAGAAAGUAUGUUACAAUUUCCAGAAGCAAUUCAGUAGAGUCAUCAAAUCCAAAUACUUCACUGUGCUCUUCAACAAGUGCGACGACUUGCUCUUCCAAAUCCGCGCCCCCUUCAUCUGGCUCAACGUCGCGCUCUGGCUCCUCUCUUUAUUGUACCUCCUCCACAUCAUGGUCAUCCGCUUAGACCUGCUCCACAUCAAAUCGCAUUUACAUAGUCCAUCAUCGCAUCGUAUAGCUGCCCAAUCACUCCUUGCUGCUGGACGUGUUAACAAGCUUAACAGGGUGUUUUACCUGCAACCGUAA